AUGGCUCGCAGCCCCAGCUUCUCCUGCCGGCUCCUGGUCUGCUGGUUGGCGAUCGCUGCGGCAGAAGGUAAGGACUUGGUCCUUUUUUCUGGGGGUUCACAAACUCCUCCAUCACUUGGACAGGCAAAGCCAGCUCCAGGGUUACACCUGGGAAAAGAGGUGGUUAUCCAUCCUGGAAGCCCAGAAAAUAACGUGAACCCCACAGACUGCCAGAUCUUCCCUCUCACCCCUGCACCCAGCACCAGGGCCCCAGUCACAGGGGCAUGGCGCACCCCACGGACGCCCAGGUGUCCCUUCCAUAACGUCCCACUAAGAAGGCCCAGAGUCCACCUCACACUCCCUAACAGGCCCUUCUUCCCUCCCAAGUGCAAUCACCAUUUUCUCUUCCGGCCAUUUUAUGGGCCACAUGGCCGCCUUCCUCUGAACUAUUUUCCCAUAAGGAAGCUUUCUAGUGACAGCUCAUCCGAAGAAAGCGGAGAGGAAAGAGAAGCUGACACUCGCUGAAGCCGA